AUGUCAUUCUCAGUAGUUUCGAAUAGUUGUUCUUCAGCUGUUACUACUAAUGGACCACCAUUAGAAAGUGUAAAUAUUGAAAUGAGGUUGGAUAGUGAGGUGUCAAUGUAUUCUGUUUCAUUAGAUGGUAUUUAUGGAAAUGUGUUAUCUGAAGCAAAUGUUGUCUCAUCACCUGCUUUGAAUAGUUGUGUUUCGUCCUUUUCAUUGAAGAAACCUUCUCCAUUGGAUCAACGCUUGGAUUUGUUGAAGUUUGUGAAACAAUUUGUCAGAGUAGAGAAGAAUGAAAGUAAGGAAGUAAUUGAAGAGGAAUUGAGAAUUGUUUCAACUUGGAGUCAACAAGAUAUGAUGAACACUCCAUCAGUGGCAAGCAUGUCAAGUUUAAACUCUGAAAUGAGUUUAAUGUCAAUGACCUCUGACAGAUCAUUAGCAAAUAUGAUCAAAGAUGAUUAUUUCAAAGUUCCAGAAAAGAAGGAAAAGAAGAAUGGUAAAAGAAAGAGAUCUCUAAUUUAUGAUAAGAAGACAGGCAUAUUCUUGUCAGUAUUCAAUUUGAUUAAUGAUGUUUUGAGUCCAGGUACUUUGAGUAUGUCUCAAAUGACAGCUCAAUCAGGUAUUUUCUCAAGUUUGAUUCUUACCGUGUUCUUUGGAUUGGUAACUUUAUUUACUUUAAUGAUUUUAUAUGAAUUGAGAAGAAAGUAUUUGAAAACUAGUUUAUUGGAAUUGUCAGAAUUGGCAUUUGGUAAACCAGGUGUUGUCAUUGCAAGUAUUCCAAUUCUAUUAUUCAACUUUGGUGGGGCAUUAGGCAUGUUUAUCAUGUUUGGGCAUUUAGUUCCAGAUUUACUUUUACUAGUUGAAAAGAAUUUCAGUUCUAUUCUUAGUGGAUAUUCUUUCCUUUUUAGUAGAGAAUCUGUAUUGAUAAUUUUGACAAUUAUUAUGAUUCCAUUUGCUUUGAGAAAGAAUUUGGGAAGUUACGCAAUUACUUCAUUCAUUUCAGUUAGCUCCGUAUUGCUGGUUGGAAUUUGGUUGGCAAUUGAAAAGAUGACAGGUCAAAGAGCUCUCAUUCCAUCUUCUAAUGCAUUUGAUUUUGCAAAGAGUGAAAUUUUAUCUGCUUUUGGAGCUUUGGCAUUUAUCUAUGUUUGCCACGAUAUAGUAUUUCACAUAUUUUCCAAUUUAAGAAGACCUACCAGAUUUAGAUUCUUUCUAGUGGCACUAUUUGUAGUGAUUAUUACAAUCCUAACUAUUACAUGUGUUGGAAUGAGUGGAUAUUUAAUAUUUUAUGAUAAGUGUCUAGAUGACGCCAAUGUAUUGAACUUGUUUCCUUUCAAUGAUCCAAUGGCAAUCAUUGCAAGAAUAAUCAUUUCCCUCAAUAUUAUCAUGUCUAUUCCUUAUGCAUUAUUCAUGCCAAGGGAUUGUUUGCAUACAUUGUUAAAGACAAUUUUACCAAAAGUUUACAAGCGAAUUCAAAAGACAAAAGUGAGAAGAAACAUUCUUCAUGUAAUUUUGACAAUGACAGUUUUAUUGACAUCUUUUGGAGUGGCUAUUGGUGUUACUGAUUUAGGCAUUGUAGCAGAUUUAUUUGGAGCAGUAGCUGCUAGUUCAUUAGCAUAUAUUAUUCCACCAAGUCUUUAUUUAAAAUUGGAAUUUUCAUUUGGAUGUUCAUUAAAGAGAUCAAAUGAUGAAAAUAUUGAACUUUCCAACACAAAAUCAGUAACCGAAACCAAUAACACUAUUAUUGAACAUCCAUUGGAAGAGUAUUACGCAAAGAAGAGCAAUGAUGCACAUUCAAAUUCUCUCAGACAACAAUUAUUUAGAAUUCUAAUUGGAGUUACUUGUAUGAUGGUUUUGCUAUUGGGUAUUUUCAUUCUAGUUGGAACCAUUACAAGUGUAAUUAUUCAUAAAUUUGUCUAA